AUGUACGGAACGAAGUACGGCCGGGGCCGCGCAGCGACUCCAGAACCAGUAGAGACACCACCAGCACCCGCAGCAGCUCCAGCAGCGCCAGCUCCAGGGUCCUCAGCACCAGAAGUAGCCCCAACUCCAGGGUCCGCAGCACCAGCAGCAGCGCCAACGUCAGGGUCCGUAGCACCAGCAGCAGCUCCAACUCCAGGGUCCGCAGCACCAGCAGCGGCUCCAACUCCAGGGUCCGCAGCACCAGCAGGAGCUCCAGCACCAGGGUCCUCAGGACUAGCAGCAGCAGCUCCAACUCCAGGGUCCGCAGCACCAGCAGCAGCUCCAACUCCAGGGUCCGCAGCACCAGCAGCACCAGUAGAGCCUCCAGCACCAGCAGCAGCACCUCCAGCAGCUCCAGCACCAGCAGCGCUAGCAGCAGCACCUCCAGCAACUCCAGCACCAGGGUCCGCGACACCAGGCGCGCCACUCCGGAGAGUGCAGCGCCGCUCGUACCACUCACGGAUCCGCUCAAGAGAGGGCAGCUCCCGCUGA